GCGAUAUCAAAUUUAGUUCCACCUCUAGCCUAGUAGGCGCAUUUUUAAUUGGGGAAUUUAUUGCAAAUAACUGCCUUGUCUAAACAUGCACCACUCCAGCAUGAAGGUGGAUCUGUCCAACUUCUUCAAGGACGAGCGUCGGCAGUCGUUAGUUUUCAUCGAUGCAACAUGGCAAAACAUCAAGGACGUCCAGGACCAUAUUCAGAACCUCUUCAGUUUGAAGGACAUUAGCCUUCUAACCACAGAUGGAUGUUUCCUGUCCCCGAGGGAAUCCAUUAAAGUACUCAAAGCUGCCGAUGGACUAAAGGCAUUUCGGUUCGCCAAUAGUGACCAGGACACCUUUGUAUGUCCUGCUCCUGUGAAAUCCAGCAAAAAGCGCAAGAAUCGUUCCGCCGAAGAAGGCGUUCACCUAGAUGCCUCCACUCCCCUCCGCCCAUCAAAGCGCUCCAAAAAUCAAGGCGACAAUAAGUGGAUCGAAAAUUCGGCAGAAAUAUCUCUUGUAAAAGCGGAGGAGAAGGAACAAGACACUCCUGGACCUUCUGUGGAGUCAAAGCGAUCUAAAAACAAAGGCCAAAACAAAAAAACGCCUGAAACUCAGACAAUUUUAAACGCGACAGAGGAGGACGAGGCAGCGAAUAAGAAGAAGCGUUCCAAAAACAAGAACCGCCAUAAAGCGUCUGAUGUUCCUGCGGAAAUACUGCAGGAGGAGGAGACACCUGCUCCUGCGAGUACAUCGAGUAGCACUCACAUGGAGACAAAAAUGUCCAAAAACAAGAAUCACGCAAAAUCGCAUAAGUUUGAGACAGACAAACCUACUGAGAUGGAGCUGGAGGAAGGCGAAGUGGAGGAACCAGCUGGUCCCACUCGCGAGCCUUCCAAAGAAAGGACCCUCUCGGGAUCUCCUGAAAUUCCGUCGGAAACAUCUCAUUUAACAGAUUUGGAUCAGAAGAAGCAGAGCCCCAAGAAGCUAAAAAAUUCCAAAAACAAGGACCGCCCGAAACAUUCUGACGUUUCUGACAAUACUGCGAAGCUGGAAUCGGAGGCCUCUCCUCGUCCAUCCGUUACGUUUCGUUGUCCUCUCUUGGAGCUGGACUCCAAUGUUCCACGCAUAUUCGAAUUUCCUCAACAAAAAAACGAGGUCAAAAUUCUAGAAAAUAUAAUACUUAAGCCAAUUGACUUCAACCCAGUUGCAGUCAACGGGGAAAAAUCACCAACAUUAAUGUUGGAAUCUAAAAACUUACAAGAAGAUGAUGAGCUAGAAAAAAUACGCCUUGCAUCCUUACAUGUUGAAGGUGAAGAGACUCUUCCAGAAGAAACGACUGGUGAAGCAAGCCUGCCAAAAGAUGCUACGGAAAUCGAAACUACUCUGCCAGAGGACACAAUCGAAGCGGAAACUUGUCUUCCAGAGGACUCAAUAGCAGCUGAAUCCGCUUUUGAAGGCAAUUCGACUGAAGCUGACUCAGCUUUUCCAGGCAAUUUGACUGAAGCUGAAGCAACCCUUCCGGGCGAAUCCAGCGAAGUUGAUGCAACUCAACCUGAAGAAUCUACUGAAGCCGAAUCAAUUCUACCGGACGAUACAACUGAACCCGAUGGAACUCUUCCAGCAGACACAAUGAAAGACGGAAACACUCUGGAAGACGUUGCCGAGACAUCAGAGACUAAAAAUGAAGUCCAAUCUGAUGAUAUAAAACACUCACCAGUGCGCAUUUGUGCAGAAAGUUUAAUCUCAGAUUCCGAUGACGACGUAAUGGUUGUAGAUGACUCUAACAUGGAUGUUUCAGACUUAGAUUCUGAUGUAGAGUCAGUUCAGGUCCCGAAGGAUAGAGACACCUUAGAUAUUAUAAUCGACCUCCUGCAGAGUGCACAUCCUCUAAACACCCUGCCGACCAGAGGCGAUACGGUGCUGUUUAAGCUGCAGAAGAUCAAGGGAAACGAAAGAUCCGGGACAACCGAGUUUAUCGCCGGAAACUGCGCCUACGUCAACCGCCGUACCAAAGUCAUUACAGUGGAGACCAUCACCUGUCCCUCUGGAAUCGGGCGUGUAUUGAGCCAGUAUUGUGUGAAGGGCUUAGACGAAUCUUCUGAAAACGUGGGAUCUUUAAGUGUUCAUCUUAGAGACAUGAUAGAGGCAAAAAUCGUUGUAGCCACAAUCGACUGAUAAUGUGUACAUUCUUGAUUUCUAUUUCCAGGUGUUCGUAUUUGUAUGGUAUUUAAAGUAUAAACGAUUAAA